GCGAGGAAGCGAGCGCUGGAACUCUCCUCCCCCUCCUGCCCGCUCCUCUCUUCCCCGCUCGCUCCUCUCUUCCCACGAAACCCUAGCCGCUCAGCUCACGCCGCGGUCCCCAUCCGCUUCUUCUGCUCGUGCUGGGGUCGCCAUCGAGGGCCUGCCGCUCGGGCCGGGGUCGCACGCGCCGCCGCUUCCCCGUCCUGCUCGCGCAUCACGCCUCGGGAGGAGAGGAAGCCCAGGCUGCUGUUCCCGACGGAGCGCGCCGUCGCGCGGGAGGAGGCCAGGCGGAGCGCGCCGUCACGCGGGGAAGCGGCUCAUCCUCGGCGGCGAGCGAGUGCCGGAUCUGGUGCCUAGCGCCGGCAUCUCACGUGUGACCAAGUCGCCGCCGGGGGGGCUACGGCGGCCGGUCGGAGGCCGAGUUCGCCUGGGCGACCAAGUUGCUGUCGGGGAGCACAAAGUGCCUCCUUUAAGCACCGUUGCAGAGACGAGGAGGACCUCAAGGUCAGGCACAUCUUAUAAGUAGGUCACUUCCACUGGACUGGAUCUUUAUGUUAACAAGCAGCUAGACCCAAGGAUUGGCAUGGUUUCUCGGUUUAUGUCAGUGCGGAGGUGAUCGGGGUAGACUGCAACAGACGGAAAAAACGGAAAGUGUCAAUUAAAUUGCGGCGUCCUGGAUGCGAAGAGAUUGUUGUUCAAGGGCCUUUGCCAAAGGAUUGGCAAGGUUUCUCAGUGAAGUUUGCCGAGUCCCUUAAAGCUUGCUAUGCAGAUAGGUCGUACUACGGCCCUCCGGAUUUCUUGUGCCAAUACUGUGGUGCCUCCUUUUGGUUUGCUGAGUGUUCAAAGUCCAGGUCAUCCUGGACACAACGUAAGAUGGUUUAUAAUCGCUGUUGUAAAGGCGCUAAGGUAUAUAUUCCUCCCUUUAAGGAUCCCCCGGCCUAUCUCCAGGAGCUCCUUCGAUUUGAUGGUACUUCUCGUGCUAAAAAAUUCAUCCGGACUAUACGUGAGUACAACUGUAUGUUCGCUUUCACUUCGAUGGGUGCUACUAUUGAACGCUCGUUUGGUGGCAGCCGUGGACCUAAGAUUUUUAAGAUCAGUGGGCAAGUGUCUCAUCGUAUUGGUUCGUUGGUGCCUAGCGGUGAUGAUACCCCUAAGUUUGCUGAGUUGUAUAUACAUGACCCAGCUAAUGAGAGAGACAUAGGAUGAAUGCCUUAAAUCCAGAUGACAAGCCUACUGGGGGUGUGGAUGAGAGUAUUGUGGUUGGUCUUAGAGACAUGCUUAAUGAGUUUAACCCAUUGGUACAGACCUUUUGGGAGGCGAGUAAGAUGAUAGAGGAUCGUGGUGAUGAACCCAUCGAGGAUAUCUCGAUUCGUAUUAUUGCACCUUCGGAGGGCGAUAGUCCACAAUUUAGUUUGCCUACAACCACUGGGCUUGCUGCUUUAGUUGUCGGUGGUGGCUUCACGUUAGAGGCAUCUUCUCGGGAUAUUGUUGUUUGUAGUCGUUUCGACGGUUUGCAGCAGAUAUCUUCUCUGAACACUGCAUUCAUGCCUCUGCAAUACCCGUUGCUUUUCCCUUAUGGAGAGAGAGGGUUCCAGGUGGAUGUUCCUCACUUGAUUGUUCCUGAAGAAGAAGAUGAUGACGGACCUAUUGAUCCUAAUCUUGCACCUGGAAGUCCGACCGUUGAGGCGUCCUCUUCAUACCCUUCUGGGGGUGGUGAUGCUUCCACAAAUAGUCGGAAUAGGAUGACCAUGCAGGAUUACUAUCGUUUUAUGUGCCAUUACAAGGGUGAUCAGCCCAAUCCAUAUAUAUGUUAUGGUCUCCUCUCCUCUCAGUCAGUUGUUGAUGCACGUGCGUGCAUCGACGAAAGUAGACUAUGGUAUAUCAUAAGAAAUCAGGACAUGCUUAGAUCAGAGCACAUGCAGGGUAUUACUGAUGCGGUAGGUGAUGGGUGUGUUGAUGGUGAUGCUCUUGGGAAGAGGACCAUUGUACCUUCCAGUCACAUAGGCGGUCGUCGUUACUUCCAUGAAAAUUUCCAUGAUGGCCUUGCCGUUUGUCGGGUGCACGGUGCGCCUGACAUAUUUACCACUUUCACUUGCAAUCCCAAGUGGCCUGAGAUCACAAGUGCAUUGGAACCAGGUCAGACGCCUUCUGAUAGGGCGGAUAUUGUUGUUAGGGUCUAUCACAUGAAGCUCACCGAGUACUUGGACGAUAUUAAGUCAGGCCGGGCUUUUGGCCCCAUUACAGCUGUGUUGUAUACCGUUGAGUUCCAGAAGCGGGGACUGCCUCACGCGCAUAUACUUGUCUGGCGGAGAGGGGGCAACGGUGAGAUUGGUGUUGAAAAUAUCAAUUCAUUAAUAUCUGCUGAAAUACCUGAUGCAUUGCUUGAUCCUCUAGGAUAUGCUUUAGUUUCUGAGUUUAUGAUGCACGGUCCGUGUGGUGAAAUGAACGAUAAAUGUGUCUGCAUGAAAAAGGGUGUUUGUUCUAAAUAUUUCCCAAAAGAUUUUAGAGAUACCACUGUCAUUGAUGAUAAUGGGUUUGCCUUAUAUCGACGUCGUGACGACGGUCGAAGGGUCUAUAAAAAUGGUCAUUACCUUGACAAUAGGCAUGUUGUUCCUUAUAAUAUGGCAAUGCUCAAGAAAUUUCAGGGACAUAUAAAUGUAGAGUGGUGUAAUAAGACACAGGUGAUGAAAUAUCUCUUUAAGUAUGUCACCAAAGGUGCUGGCUACUCUAAGGUCAUGUUAGAAAGGCUAAAAAAAUUGACUAAAUCUGGUUGUCAUACAGUAGAUGAGGUUCAGGAGUAUCUGAUAUGUCGGUAUAUAUGUGAGUAUGAUGCAUUAUGGCGCAUAUUUGGGUUUGAAAUACACUUUAAAAUGCCGUCCGUUCAAAGGCUGACCGUUCAUAUGCCUGGCAUGAAUACUGUCUACUAUCGUGCUGGUGCUGACCUCACGAAAAUUGUUGAUUCUGACUUCUUGCGAAAGACUAUGCUUACCGAAUGGUUUGUUGCGAAUGAGAUGUUCGAAGAUGCUCGUUCAUUAACUUAUUGCGAUUUUCCAACUGCUUGGACCUGGGACGCUAAAAGUAGGUCAUGGCAUCCAAGGGGUGGGGGUGAAAAGAUUGGCCGCGUGUAUUAUGUACAUCCUUUGAGUGGUGAGUUGUAUUACUUGCGCAUGCUUUUGAUGAUUGUUAAGGGGGCUAGGUCUUUCGAAGAUCUCCGAACAUAUGAUGGUCGUCUUUAUCACACCUUUAAAGAGAGGCUUGUGCCGCGCGCGGUUUGUUAGGAGAUGAUAACGAGUGGUACAUAGCGUUUGAUGAAGCGGUUGUUUGGGGGUUUGGGCAUCGACUUAGACAGCUAUUUGUGACUAUGCUCAUGCAUUGUUCUAUCAAGGAUGAGAUGGGGUUCUUUGAACGUUACUGCGCUAGCAUGUACGAUGAUAUCCAACAUGGGUUGCGUCGUGCCCUAGGUAAUCUAAACUAUGUUGUUCCUCCUGAAAAAUUGAGAAAUAUGCUUCUUGAUGAGUUGGCUGACAUUUUCUUGAAACGUGAUUCUGAUAUAAGAAGUUUUAACUUGCCGUCUCGCUCUGGCGAAGGUGAGCAGUCUGAUGAUAAUCGUCUAAUUCGUGAGGAACUGUCUUAUGAUGCAUGUGCUCUGUCUAAACAGUCCUUGGUUAUGUUUGAUAGUUUAAAUGAGGACCAAUUGGUUGCUUAUAAGACGAUUGUAGAGUGUGUGCAGGCGGGGAGACCGGGCUUUUUUUUGUCUCUGGAUAUGGUGGUACUGGGAAGACAUACCUGUGGAGUGCAAUAUGUGCUUUCCUUAGGGGCGAGAGGAAGAUAGUGCUUACUGUUGCGUCGUCGGGCAUUGCGUCGCUGUUGUUGCCUGGUGGGAGGACUGCUCAUUCUCGCUUUAAGAUACCUAUUCUUCUUGAAGAUAAUACACAAUGCGAUAUUAAAAGAGGCUCUAAGCUUUGUAAGUUGUUGAUAGUAUCCUCCCUUGUUAUUUGGGACGAGGCGCUGAUGACACACAGGAAAUGCUUUGAGGCUGUAGAUAGAACUUUGCGUGAUGUCCUCUCUGUGGCUAAUCCAGAUCUUGAUGAUAUUCCGUUCGGUGGAGUAGUGAUGGUCUUGGGUGGUGACCUUAGACAAAUCUUACCGGUCGUUGAGGGAGGUACUAGGCCUCAGAUCAUUGAUGCGGCAAUCACGAAUUCUCCGCUAUGGCAUUCUGUUAAAAAAUUGUCGCUUUCUAUUAACAUGCGCUUGGGUGUGCAUGGUGCGGAUACCCAGGCGCAAAAGGAUGUUGCCUUAUUUAGCAGAUGGGUGCUAGAUCUUGGGGAAGGGAAGUUGCCUGUCACAAGGCGAGGCGAUGAGGUCGAGGCUUCUUGGAUACAGAUACCGGACGACCUCAUGGUUUGUACGUCUAGUGAUCCAAUAGCUGCUAUUGUUUCUUCUGUCUAUGGUGAUUUUUUUCAUAACUACCUGAACUCUGGUUACUUGCAAGAGAGAGCCAUUUUAGCCCCUACCAAUGACCAUGCUGAGGAUAUUAAUGAUCACAUUCUUGCAUUGGUUCCUACUGAUAGCAGAGACUAUUUGAGUGCUGAUUCUAUUGAUGAUUCUUCGGAUUCUGUUAGGGACAAAGAUGUUUACUAUCCAGUCGAGUACCUAAAUGCAACUAAAAUUAUAAAUUUCCCAAAUCAUAGGCUGACUCUUAAGGUUGGUGUUCCGGUUAUGCUUCUUAGAAACCUGAGCCAGGCAAAUGGUUUGUGUAAUGGUACACGACUAAUUGUAAAAGAAUUAGGUGAUCGGCUUAUCGAAGCUGUCAUUAUGACUGGCUCACAUGUGGGUGAUACUGUUUAUAUCCCAGGAUUGAAUUAUUGGCAAAGAAGGGAAAUGCACCCUUUGUGCUUAGACGUCGCCAGUUUCCUGUUCGUGUGUGCUAUGCCAUGACAAUUAAUAAGAGCCAGGGACAGACCCUGUCUGCUGUUGGUAUAUAUCUUAAGGGUCCUGUUUUUACACACGGGCAGCUGUAUGUGGCAGUGUCUCGUGUUACGUCGAGGGCUUCUUUGAAAAUCCUUAUAUUAGAUGCUGAUGGCAAAUGCGGCUCUGAGACCAAGAACAUUGUUUUUCCUGAGGUCUUCCGUGCCGCGGGGAUGACUUAGGUUUGUGUAUGAUGGUAGUCUUCAUUUUGGUAGUUUUUGGCAUGCUUUUGUGAGUUGGAUGCUAUUUUGGGUGGUGUCAUAUAGUGUUGGCUGAAUAAAUAUGUCGUCCCAUGCGAUGGGGGUGAUAUUUUGAAUGUUCGCGUGUACUGGGAUUGGCUUUAUAUAUUUUGCGGUUUGGUUUAUGUCAUAGAGAGUACUGAGUUUAAUGGUGAAGUUGCGUUUUGGUGCUGAUACUUUUGUUGUAGAUGGCGAUGACUGAUCUGCAGGCUCUUGUUAUGGGGAACAAGAACCUGACCAUCUGUGUGUAUGUUUCGCGUCUGUAGCAGCAUUGUGGAUCCACUGAUAAUGGUCCUACCAAACACACUGACAUGGUCCUUUUGGAUGUGCAGGUCUAACAUAUAUGCUGAGAUUGGUGAGAAGCUUGUGCCUAAGUUUAAUUGAGACAACCACAUCCAUGUUGUUUCUUGGCAUGGGCAACCACAUCUAUGCUAAUAUUGGCUCCUGAGCUCCUCUAUAGGUCUCUUGCUGUGAAGCUUGUGGUUGGCAUGACUUUCAAGUAUUCAAUUCUUGUGAGGGUGGAGUUGGAGAAGGUGGGGCGUCAGAGCAGAGCCAGUUGCAGCAUCCACGACCUCCUUGGGCAUGGCCAAUCCUGCCAGAUUGACCAGGUUGUAGGGUUUGGUCAGCAGUGUGUGUGGCCAGUGGUUGGAGCACACUGAAUUCGAGGAACAAUGCCGUCGUCGACCAUGUAUUCAGGAUAACAAGAUGGUUUCUAGCAAACAAUUAUCAGGAACUUCAGCUAGGUAUGAGGCACAAUAAAGGUGGCAAUAAGAUGUGCGGGCAAUUAUCUUUGUUUUCGUGACCAUGCUGAUGAGGGUGGAGCUGCCAUUGAGGCACAUUUGGCCUCCGAGGUAUCAAACCCUCCAACCUCCAUUUUCUUUAGGAUGGUCCCGAGCCCAUCUCACCUUGGUCUUCUCCCAUGGAUUCGAUUGUGUGCAUGGAUGAGGAAAGAGUCAUUGCAAGAGGUGUUGGUGGAGAGGGAGGUUGAGUGGACGAUCGACAUACACGGCGUCAUCUAUAACUGCCUCUAUGGCUUCCUCGGCCUCCAUGUCAGCCUCCCUGCUUCACUACCGCAAAAGGGUUUGAAGCGUUGAGUGGUGAUGGCCCUGCCCCUGGCCAAUAUCGAUGCUCAUAGGAGUGAUCUUUGGCUAUGGAGGCGUAGCUUCGGAUGGUCUACAACAGUGUCUGGUUUCUCUGGUGGCUCUGAUUAUGUCAUGUCAUGUUGGUUGGCAUACAUUUAUUUCUGUAUUUGGCACUUUUGGUUGGCUGAUGUUGUUAUGUUGUCCACGGAAACACAAUACUUACGUUGGUGUCUAUGAUAGACUUUUGUUGUUCUACUGCCUGCACCCUGUUCGUUUAGAAGAUGAAGGGGAUGGAUGCAAACUUAUGUAUGCAAUGCAGGAUGAUCAUGGUAGCUUAUGUAAUUGUCGCUGGUCUUCUGUAUGAACGGUUUGCUUCGAUAUUUUCGUGUUAUUUUCUCCCCUGAUGCA